AUGCAAAAGAAUUACCGUCUCCUGCCGAACCACGUGCUGCAGAACCCGGCCAUUCGCCGGAUGCACGGCCUGGCGAGCCUGCUCAUCGGCUACCACAACGACUUCAUCUCGCUCCCCAAAGAGCUUGCUCGAGGCGGCGACGUGGUCAACCUCGUCAUGGUCGUGCAGAGGGAAUUCGGGCUGAGCACGCUGCAACAGGCCUGGGCGAGAGCUCUCGACAUACACGACGACGCCCUAGGCGAAUUCACGUUCCUGCAAAAGAGCUUGCCGGACUUUGGCCUUUGGCAGCAGAUGGCCUCAGAGUACGCCGAGGACUUGGGCGUCAUGGUUCAGGGUGUCUACGCGUGGCAUACGCAGAAGACGGGGCGCUAUGUUCCAGGGGCGUAA